CUUAGCAUACAUAACAUCUUCCCUUAAAUAUUAAUGCAAUGGAAGCUCAACUUUCCUUCUUUGUUAUUCCCUUCUUUCUUUUGUUCGUGUUGCAUUGGCUAGCAAAGUAUUCUAAGACAAAAAAAAGCCAUAGUAAAUUGCCUCCUGGUCCAAUGAAAUUUCCUCUCAUUGGUAACCUUCCUCAACUAGCCAUGUCCAAAAAACGUCCACAUCAUGCUCUACAUGAACUUUCUCAUAAAUAUGGACCUUUAAUGCACAUACAACUUGGUGAAAUUUCUACUGUGAUUGUAUCAUCUCCUAAAUUGGCAAAGGAAAUAAUGAAAACACAUGAUGCUGCUUUUGCUAAUAGGCCAAAACUUCUUUCCCCUGAAAUUAUGGCCUAUGGUUCAAAAGAUAUUGUAUUUUCUCCAUAUGGUGAUUUUUGGAGACAAAUGAGAAAAAUAUGUGUCUUUGAACUUCUAAGUGCUAAAAGGGUUCAAUCUUUUUCUUAUAUUAGAGAAGAUGAAACAAAAAAAUUGAUACAAUCCAUUCAAUCAUCAACAGGCUCAACAAUCAAUCUCACUAGUAGAAUUUUCUCAAUGGUAAGUUCAAAUAUUUCAAGGGCAGCUUUUGGUGACAAAUCAAAGGACCAGGAUGAAUUUGUUGAUUUGGUUAGAAAGGUUGUGGAAAUGUCGAGUGGAUUUGGUGUCGAUGAUUUGUUUCCUUCGAUUAAACCGUUACAUAUACUAUCUGGAAUGAAACCGAAAUUGGAGAAAAUUCACAAGCGUGUAGACAAAAUCAUUGAAAACAUUAUUAGACAACAUCAAGAAAAGCGAGAAAGAGCAAAAGAAGACGACAACAAUGAAGUUGAUAACGAAGAUCUUCUAGAUGUUCUUUUGCGAGUCCAACAAAGUGAUAACCUUGAUAUCAAAAUAACAACCAACAACAUCAAAGCUGUGAUUUGGGACGUAUUUGUUGCCGGAACUGAUACAACAUCGACAACAAUAGAGUGGGCUAUGUCAGAAAUGAUGAAAAAUCCAAGUGUGAGAGAAAAAGCACAAGCUGAACUAAGAGAAGCAUUCAAAGGAAAGAAAAUAAUAUCUGAAUCUGAUCUAAAUGAACUAACUUACUUUAAGUUAGUGAUCAAAGAAACAAUGAGGUUACACCCACCUUCACCUUUAUUGGUCCCUAGAGAAUGCACUGAAUUGACCAUCAUAGAUGGUUAUGAAAUACCAAAAAAUACUAAAGUGAUGAUAAAUGCAUGGGCAGUGGCAAGAGAUCCACAAUAUUGGACUGAUGCUGAGAUGUUCAUUCCAGAGAGGUUUGAUGGUAGUUUGAUUGAUUUCAAAGGAAAUAAUUUUGAGUAUAUUCCUUUUGGUGCUGGAAGAAGAAUGUGUCCAGGCAUGUCAUUUGGUAUAGCUAGUGUUAUGCUUCCUCUUGCUUUAUUACUAUAUCAUUUUAAUUGGGAACUACCAAAUCAGAUGAAACCUGAGGAUUUGGAUAUGACUGAAAAUGUUGGAUUGGCAGUUGGAAGGGAAAAUGAGUUGUGUUUGAUUCCUAAUGUUUAUGUUAUGUGAUUUCAUUAUGCUCAUCAUAAUAAUAGUACGUAUAUACUUUUAUGUCAUGUAGCUUUUCAUAAAUAGAUAUAAUAAAUUUGUAAUAUAUGGCAUUUGAAACUAUGUAAAUUGUAUUAUACUA